AAUGCAAAUAAAGCAACGGGACUGGUCACCGAGAGCGCAAACCGUGGGACAAUGGAUUAAUUACGGUGCUGAUGGACAUGUCAAUCGGAUAGAAUCGGACACGCUUUGGAUUGGAAUCGGACAGCCGGACAGCGCCUCCGUUGCCACCGGAACAGGAACUGAGCAAUGAGCAGUGCGAAAAGGGUGUUCAAUGUUAUCAUCGUUUGGUUCGUUUUGAAGGUUGUUGGAAGAAUCCUCUGCAUGCCGGAUGUCCGUGCAACAUGCCGCACGGUGCCGGGCUUGACGCGCGAACAGCUGGAACUGUGCUACAGGGCAAGCGAUGUGACGGCCGCGGCCAUCGAGGGAUUGGAGCUGGGCGUACGUGAGUGUCAGCAUCAGUUUCAGUGGCACCGGUGGAACUGCUCGUCGUUGAGCACCAAGAGCCGAAACCCGCACACGUCCAGCAUGCUGAAACGAGGCUACCGGGAGAGUGCAUUCGCGUACGCAGUUGCUGCAGCCGGAGUGACGCACAGUGUGGCGCGUGCCUGUUCCCAGGGAAGGCUGAUCUCGUGCGGUUGCGAUCCUUCGGUCAAUCGGAAGGGAAUGACCAAAUCGCUGCGGGAAAGUUUGGAGAAGGAAAAGCUACGCUUUUUGGAUGCCAUCAACGAGAACAGCAUCCUGGUGGACGAUAGUUUGAAGAAGCUGAAAACCAAACAGGCAAGCCGGUGGAAAUGGGGCGGCUGCUCGCACAAUAUGGCCUUCGGAGUGGAGUUUUCCGAGCUGUUUCUGGACACGCGGGAGAAGGGAGGUGACAUCCAGUCACAGAUCAACCUGCACAACAAUCACGCGGGGAGAAGGGCCGUUUCGAACAACAUGCAAGUUCGCUGCAAGUGCCACGGCAUGUCCGGCAGUUGCCAGUUGAAAACUUGCUGGAAGUCGGCCCCGGACUUCCGCGUCGUCGGCAAGGUCCUCAAGCAGCAGUAUCGGCGGGCGGUGCUCGUCGAUCAGUCCAACCUGGGCAACGGUCCACCGAUGAUCGUCUACCACAAACCAAAGAAGCGGAAACACGUGAAGAACGUCCGUCCACCGCGACGUACCAAGGACAAGCAGGGACAACAGCAACGACAGUUGCUUCCGAUCAGUCGCGCCAACCGCAAAAUGGAAAACGCCCUGUUCUACUACCAAAGAUCGCCCAACUUUUGCGAACGGGAUCAGGUGUCCGAUAUACCGGGAACCGUGGGUCGCCGGUGCAAUCGAACCAGCUCCGGCAGCGAUGGGUGCGCAUCGAUGUGCUGCGGUCGGGGCUACAAUCUGAUCCGUGAGAAGCGGGUGGACCGAUGCAACUGCAAAUUCCACUGGUGCUGCUACGUCGAGUGCGACGAUUGCGAAAUCGAAGAAUGGAUUAGUGUUUGCAACUGAGAAACGACCCGGUGGGACUGCGGCAUUUCGUGCGUGCGAAUGCGACAAACAGCUUCAGUUAUCAAGUUGCGAAAUAAUUGCUGGAAUAGAUAUGAACCGAUAUCGAAUGAAGUGAGGAAAAAAUAGACUCUAAUUGCACCGGCGUGCGUCGAAUGUCGAAGAUCGAGGAUUUGAAAGUGAUCGGUUCAAAGAAGGAUAAAAGUGAUUGUACGUUGGAUCGUGUGGCGCAAGUCAAACUGUACCGCAGCAGAUUGGAAAGCAUUUGCUGUGACACUAAUUAAUGUUUGAAUAAAAUAUUUCAAACAAGCACAAACAUAAAAAUAAAAAAUAAACCGAACCAUGUGUUCUAUCGAACAGUAUUAAACGCGCGUAGAAUGAGGGGACAGAUUAAUUGAAAUCCAACCAACUAAAUAGAAACUAAUCGUGUAGCUAAUCGUAAUUAUUGUACAUUUAUUAGUGAAACCGUAUCGUAUUUAACUGACCUCUUAUUUAAGUUAAUUAGUUUUAUUUAUUCGUUCUGCCUGUACCUGUACAUACAUAGCUACAUAUAAAUAUGCGAAUCGCGAUCUAGGCUUAGGUGGACAGUGUUUUAGCAUACAUGGUGACUGGAGUGGUGGUAAGGUGAGUGGCCACACUUUAUUCAUUUAAAUCAUGACAAACAAUAAUGUUACGUAAAUGGUGGCUAUACAUUUAUUGAAUGGCCUGUAAUUGUAAACAACGGUAGAUGAAUAGAGGCAAAGGUGAAAUGAUGCAUGA